AUAAAUGGCGAACAUGACGAUUUGCCGCAGCAGCUAUUCGAAUUCGAAGCUGACUCUGGUGCUGGUGGCGCUCGUCCUUUACGUACUUAUCGCCCCAUCCUGGGCCAAUCUGGAUGCCUCAAAACAGGAGCUGCAGCUACGGGACUUGGAGUCCAAGGUGGAAUCGGAUAGAGACCAACUCAAUGAAAACACACCCGUCUCUGCGAGGGCACGCACUUCUGGGCUCUUUUCCAGCAGGCGGAACCAGCGUUCAAUAUAUGGGCUAGGACCGAGGAUGUUGCAAAUCUCGCGCUCCAAGAUACCCAUCGAAUUGGACCUGCUGGUGGACAAUGACGCUGCCGGCGAGCGGCCCAAGCGCUUCGACGACUACGGGCACAUGCGCUUUGGAAAGCGAGGCGGAGAUGAUCAAUUCGACGAUUAUGGCCAUAUGCGAUUCGGUCGGAAAAAGUGAACAUCGACUUAGACUUGAACAUGGGGUUUUGAAGUUAUUUUCUUUUGUAAAUAUUACUCAAAUCUAUCAACAUAAAUAUGUAUUUGUAUAGGCUGCCUACACUUAACAAUCAUUAAAUACCUGAAAAUA